UGGGCUUGCCCUCGCCGUUAUAUAGCCUCGGGUAGGUGCCGAUAUCGUGGACCAGGGUGUUGCUGCAGAACUGGAGGAAAGAAUCCACGCACUCAAAUUACUAUUCCCGUUACUGGAGGCCGAAUAAAUCAGAAUGCUCAUCAUAAUCGAAGAUCAGGAGGGUUUUGAGGAGGCCCUGGUUGAUGCUGGAGACAAGCUGGUGGUGGUCGACUUCACAGCGACAUGGUGCGGGCCCUGCCAGAGCAUCGCCCCCUUUUUCAAAGAGCUGUCUGAUAAGUACCCUGACGUGGUGUUCCUGAAGGUUGAUGUGGAUGACGCAGCGGACGUCGCCAGCUUCUGUGACAUCAAAUGCAUGCCCACAUUCCAGUUCUACAAAAAUAGCGAAAAGGUGGAUGAAUUUGCUGGGUCAAACCAAGGCAAGCUGGAAGAAAUGAUUUGCAGCAAAAAAUGAACCAACUCCACAUAACCCUAACUCCAGCAUUUCUUACAAAAUAAGCUUAUUUAUAGAUAUUUUACAGCUUUUUCAACCAAUAUAUUAUGAAGGAAGAGAAACUUGUAUCAAAUAAAACAUUUUAGUUCCUUCA